UUUAUUAAUUACAGUAAAAGAAAUGCAAGGUAUUAUUCUAUCAAAAUGGCUCAAAUUAUUGCACAAAAGUGUAGAUUUUCCUGCAAUGAAGUGGCUGUGCUUUACUGCAAAGGAUGUGAUCAAUUUCUGUGCGUUGAAUGUAGAAAAAUAGUGCAUGAUAAAGUUCCAAAUUUCAAGGAUCAUACAAUAGUGAAUAUUCACAUAGAAGGAAAUCGCGUAUUUAAACCUCAACCCGUUUGCGAUACUCAUAAGAACACAUUUGUUUAUUAUUGCAGUAGAUGCGAGAUUCUUACUUGUGUGGAAUGUAUGACAAGCACCCAUAAUGGACAUAAAACUGAAAGGAUAAAGAGUGUUGCAGAUGCUCGUCGCCAGGAUGUGAACCAGAUUAUCGAACAGAUAAAAGCGAAAGCUAAAAUAGUCAAAAUUAAACUCGAAACAAUUGAUACAGAACAUGCAACGCAAAUUAAGUCAGAUUGUGCGUCUUAUGUAUUGCAGGUCGAGGGAAAUGCUGGUGAUUUGCAUCAGGUUAUUGAUAAGUAUAAAUUAAUCCACAUUACCACUGCAUCUGACUUUGAAAAAAACGAAAAUGACGACUUAGGUAGAAAAAGGGCUUUCUUCAAAAGUCGUCAUGAUGAAACAGUCGAUCGGUUAUCGAGGUUUGAAAAUCUUAUGCAAGAAACGCAUGACAGCACGUUUCUCACAGAAUGGAAAGUUCUCCAAGCAGAUGUAAAACUCAAUGACGAAGAGGCUGAAGAUCGACUUGCUAGCCCGAAUCUAAUCGAAAGGUUCAAUCAGAGUAUUUUUACAAAGUCAGUCAUUGACGAAAUCGAUGAUAAAUUCCAAAUGAGACUGAGCGAACAGGAACACAUAGUUGUCAGACUCUCAGAAGACAUUGCUGUACUAACAAAGGAACUGAAAGAAAAGCAAGAAAAAAUAGAUAACCAAUCAAUACUAAUUAGAGAAAAGUGGAAAGAAGUAACUAAUUUUGUGGAUGAAAACGAAAAACUGAAAAGAGACUUAACAGAAAGAAAUGUCAAAGAAUCCUUAAUCUUACCCAAGGAAUUAAAUGAAGAGAAGAAAAAAGUAACGCAAAUGGUGGAUGAAAACGCGAAACUUAAAACAGACUUAAAAGAAAGACUGGUAAAAGAAUCCUUAAUUUUAUCUCGAAAAUUAACUGAGGAGAAGAAAAAAGUAUAUAAGCUGGUGGAUGAAAACGACACUCUGAAAUCAGAAUUUAUAGCAAGAAAAGUUAAAGAAUCUUCAAAACUGAAAGAGCAUGAACAGACAAUAGUCAGACUGACAGAAGACAAGGGUAUACUAGAGCAAAAAAUGAAAGAAAAACAAAAAGAAGUAGAUGACCUUUUAAAAUUAUCUCGUGAUUUAAGUGAAGAGAAGAAAAAAGUAUCUGAACUGGUGGAUAAUAACAGCAAACUUAAAGCAGAAAUGACUAAAGCUGCCAAAGAAUGCUCAGAAACGAAUAAGCAAAAGCAUUCGGAAGCCACACUUACAGAAAACAAAGGUACUCUAGAACAAGAAAUGAAAGAACAACUAAAAGAAGAAGAUUAUCCUUCAAAGAAAAGUGAAGGAACUCUCCAAAUGCAAAAGAGUAUAUUCAAACAAGAAAAUGAAUUGGAAUCAAAAAGAAAAGAAAUGAAUAUGGAGUGUGAUUUUAUUGAGUGUAGAUGUGAUAUUCAUCCAGUUCUCAAGCAGAAACAGUUUAAAGAAAGGGUUGUAAAGAUUUUGAAAGCUAGGAAAAUCAGCUUUAAUCCUACAACAUUAGAAAUGACAUGCUCGAUAGACCAAAUGACUUUAUUUAACCAACACAUUAACAAAGAAUUUGGUGGCGACAUUGCUCUGUUUUCAAAAGAUAUACCGGAUGUACUAGCAGAGGGUUGUAGUAACCAAACGAAGUCAAAUCUUAAAACAUAUGUUAAUUCCCAACUAGUUGUGGAAAUUAACAUUUCAUACAUGGAAUAUCAAAUGCUUCACUUUUUUUCCCCUGAUUGUCAGUUGCUUAAAGGUUCUCCAACAUAUGAAAAUGGGUGUUUGCGUAAAUUGCUUCAAGAAGGUGAAUCAGAAUGUGAAUUUAAUACAUUUGUGCAAUCAAAAUCAAUGUACUUUGAGUCGCUAACUACUUCCAAUAUCAAUAUGCCUGACGGUUGCAUAAUUAGUGAUAACAAAUUAGAAGAGAUUGAAACUGAGCUUGAGAUUAUUUCUCCUGAAAUAUUCUGUUCCCGUUCAAAGGAUGCAAAAACACUCAUAUUGAAGAGCAAUCGGUCUGAAAAACUAUUCAUGGCAAAAUUAAAAUGUGAAAAUGUUUUAGGUAUUAAACAGGAAGGUAGAAUAGGUCGCAGAGCUAUAGUAUUUACUACUGAUCCUCCGUCUACAAAGGAAGGACAUGAGCAGAUGGACAAUAAGUCAUUUAGUGUGACUUCUUCAAGAUCAUCAUUUUCUCGGAGCUUAAAUGGGGGAUCCAGAUCUCCAUUAGCAUCUCCCCAAAGUGUUGCUAUUUUUAAAACUUCAGAAGGUUUAUUGAUCCAUUUACAUUUAGGAAACAUUCUUAAUUUGAAAGUAGAUUGUAUAGUAAACGCAGCAAAUGAGGGUUUAGGUCAUUAUGGAGGAGUAGCAGAUGUGAUAUCAAGAGUGGCCGGUUAUGGCUUCCAGCAGGAGAGUGAUGAUUACAUUCAAAGACAUGGCCAGUUGAAUGUUACAGAAUGUUGUACCACAUCUGCUGGCAAUCUUCCAUAUCAGUGUGUAAUACAUGCAGUAGGUCCAAGAUGGUAUAACUAUAAUGACAAAAGAAAAUGUGCAAAUGACUUGGAAGAAACUGUUAAAAACUGUUUCAGUGUAGCAGAGAAGAAGAUGAUGAAAUCUAUAGCAAUACCAGCAAUAAGUUCAGGUAUCUUUGGCGUUCCAAAGGAGGUAUGUUGUAGGGAAUUUAGUAAAGCAGUUCAAGAUUUCAGUAGAAAAAAUGGUAACAAAACUUGUUUAAAGGAAAUCCAUUUUGGUGAUAAGGAUGCAGGGAUUGUCAGCAUGAUUCAAAAGGAAUUCAGUCAAAUAUUUAAUGCAAUUAUCUCUACCCAAUGA